UUUCGCUCGUUGUUAUGUUAUUUUUUGAAAGUAGCUUUUAAGGAGAUCUGAUCAGCUAAAAUCUCACCUCAAUAUAAGCUAAGCUAGGGGGAGGGGGCUGCAGCCCCUACAUAAAUCAGGGCCUCCGACGAAGGGGGGCUGGGGAGGCCAUAGCCCCCUUAUUUUUUUGCAAAACAAUAGAGCUUUAUUUAAAAACUUUUGUUAUGAUUGUUAUAUUUUCUCUUGGCCCCUCCACUUUCCAACCUGCGUCGGAGCCCAUGUAAAUGCUUAAAUGUGAUGAAAAUGAUUGGUUUUAAAGUUUUCGAAAAAAUAUCUUGAACCAAACCAAUCGUCCGUACGAGGCUUGUGCAGAAACGAGGUGUCGCCAAAUUGAUUCUUGCAAUGGCGGGAACAGUUGCCCUAGCUCAUGGCCACAGAGUAAAUGUUUUUGAUGACCAUGUUAAAGGAAAGGGAUUGAAAGCUGACUUUGAUGCAGAUGCUGGUGAGACAGUUUUUGCAGAACUCCCCACUACAUUUGUAGUUGCAAGGAAACAAAGAGAAACGACGUGUGCUGGUUGCCUAGGACCAGAUCCAUCUUGUAAUGACACUCAAGGGGUUCAAAGCAGUUUGGGUCUUCGCAAGUGUUCGAGAUGCCAGUUUGUUUACUACUGCGGAGUUUCAUGUCAGAAGAAAGACUGGCUAAAUCACAAGCAAGAGUGUAAAAAUAUCAUCAGAGUUCAACCAAAACGACCACCAGAUUUGUGUCUGCUGGCUGCUAGGUUUCUACAAUACAUGGGAAGGAGCUUUAAAAAGACAGUUUGCGAUGCUGGUAAAACAGAAGCAAACUCGCGUGACCAGCGUAUUCAGAAAUUCCAGGAUUUCUUCAUGAAUAACAGUUCUAAUAUCAGCGAAAAAAGAAAAGAAAUGCUUUUCACAUUUAGUGUUGUUUUGAAACAGUUUAUUGAUGCCACUACCUUGCAAACACUUGGAAUUUCACCAAAUGAAUUGAUUGGCAUCCUUUGCUGGUUAACCUGCAACUGUUUUAACAUUCUUAAUAGUGACAUGAACUCAAUAGGAGUUGGAAUAUAUGAUUUGGCCUCUCUUAUAAAUCAUGACUGCACACCAAAUUGUGUUGCUGUUUUUGAAGGAGCUAAGGUAUUGAUUAGGUCAAUCAAAACCAUUUCAAAGAAUGACGAAGUAACAAUAAGUUACAUUGAGAGUCUUGAGACAAGAGAUAAUAGAAUCAAAGAACUGAAAGAAAGGUACUUUUUUCAAUGUACUUGCUAUACCUGCUCAAAAGAAAGUGAAUUUGAUGGUCUCAUCAUUGGAAAGUGUCAGAACAAGCAAUGUUGUUCUACAGUUUUCAUAAACAAAUGCGAUGCUGUUUGCCAUAAAUGUGGAUUCUCUGGUUUCGUGGGAGACUAUUACAACAUACUAAAGCAACAGCAUGAAUCAUUGUAUUCUAAACUUGCCAUUUAUGAUGCAAGUGAAACAGAGGAAGAUUUUGAUGUUUUACAUCAAAAGGUUAAAACUGCAACAAUAUUCAUACCAAAUGAGAGCAUUGACAUGAUUAAGUGUUUAGAGGCUGUGUUUGACAGGCACAUCAAAGUACAAAAUUGGGAAUUAGCAAUUGAGUCAGGGCGUUUGUUGCUUCAUGGUUACCAAAGUUGUUACCCUAUGUACCAUCCUGUUACUGGAAUCCAUCUUUUCAAACUUGGGAAGAUCGAAAUCCUCACUGAUAACUUACAAUGUGGUUUGGAGCACCUAGAAAGAUCCAGCAAGAUCCUAAUGGUAACUCAUGGAAAAGAACAUAGCCUUACCACAACGCUGCUUGAGACUAUUGUCAAAUUGAAGGAAGAAAUGAGUAAUGUGAGAUCUCAAAGUGCGUUAAAAGAGCUUUCUGCUGCAGAUUCAUGA